AUGCAGUUUCUAACAAAAACUAUUAUACCUAGACAAACAAUAAGCUCUAUACCUAAGCAACAUUCUGAAGAAAGCGUCGAACUUCAACCGUCUACUUCAGAAAUUAAUUUACCUGCAGCCGAAAUACAAAAUAAUAAUGAAUUUAAAAAACAACAAAAGAAAAGAUCCAGAAAUGUUGAAGACACAUUUAUGGAGUAUCUAGAAGAAGCUACUAAAAACAGGAAGGAUCAAUGUAACGUAGUUAAAGAUGAACAUGAAAAUUUUUUUGACUCAAUGCUCCCAGUCCUUAGACAAUUUUCUGUUGACCAAACGUUGGCAUUUAGGGCAGAAAUGAUUAACGUCAUUCAAAAAAUUAAACGUGGCACAAUGUAUCCUACAGAUCAAUUUCAACAGUCGCAGUAUGAACAAUUUCCAAAUUAUUAUCGUUUUCAUCAUGGUACAACCCAAAGAACUACUUCGCCUGCUAUGUCACAGAUGUCGAAUAACAGUUCAAUCUCGACAUUGCCACCUCAAGUUCCGUUGAAUCAAUAUGAGCCAAAUUUAAAUGAAUAUACAUUAAACAAUUCUACAUUUAUUUAA